AUGGCACGUUCCAAGUUUGUUUCCCUAUUCAAAAGUUCACCUCUCUACGACUUUCUGAUUCCGUUUCAGAGAGCACAGAACCAAUGGGUUGCCAGAUACAUCAUCAUUGUGUUUGCGAUAAUUGUUCGUUGUGCUGUUGGGCUGGGGCCUUACUCUGGACAAGCCAGUCCACCAAUGUACGGUGAUUUCGAGGCACAGCGUCACUGGAUGGAGAUCACAAAACACCUUCCGAUGAAGGAAUGGUACUUCUACGAUCUACAGUACUGGGGACUCGAUUACCCUCCGUUGACCGCGUUCCAUUCGUGGAUAUUGGGCGAGCUAGGCUCUUUGACGGACUACUCGUGGUUUGCUCUUGACUUGUCCCGAGGAAUCGAAACCAACGACCUCAAAUCAUACAUGAGGAUCACCGUUCUUGUCAGUGAGCUGAUGGUGUAUAUUCCAGCGGUUUUGAUGUACACCAGAUGGAUGGGCAGAAACUACAACAAAGCUUCUCCAAUUGAUCAAACCAUCAUCGCAGCUGCAAUCAUUUACCAACCAUCGUUGAUCGUGAUAGACCACGGACACUUUCAAUACAACUGUGUCAUGCUGGGACUGUCGCUGUUGGCAGUUGUCAAUCUUUUGGAGGAUAACUACGCGUUGGCCUCUAUCUUCUUUGUGCUUUCGCUAAGCUUUAAACAGAUGGCUCUAUACUACGCUCCCAUCUUCUUCUUCUACCUGCUCAGUGUGUGCGUGUGGCCCGUUUCCAGGUUCAAUCCGCUGAGAUUGAUCUCAAUUGGAGUCUCGGUGGUUGUCACUUUUGCACUCAUGUUUCUUCCCUUCAUCUACCAAGGUGGUUUCUCGCAAGUGGUACAAAUCAUCGUUCGUGUUUUUCCAUUUGAUAGGGGAAUUUUUGAAGACAAAGUUGCCAACUUCUGGUGUGCUACUAACGUUGUGAUCAAGUACAAGAACAUCUUCACCCAAUCACAGCUGAAAAACAUCUCUUUGCUACUGACUUUGGCCGGAAUAGCACCUUCUUGUAUCGCCAUAUUUCUCAAACCAACAAAAAGCCUGCUCACCUGGUGCUUGUCGUCCUGUUCGCUUGCAUUCUACCUGUUUUCGUUCCAGGUGCACGAAAAAUCGAUCCUGCUUCCUCUCAUGCCAAUAACGCUCCUGCUUAACGAGGUUGAUUCCGACGUCAUCUCCAUGGUUUGCUGGAUUGCAAACAUCUCGCUGUUUUCCAUGUGGCCGUUGCUGAAAAGAGAUAACCUCGCUCUGCAGUAUUUCGUGCUUGGUAUCCUCAGUAACUGGCUCAUGGGAAAUCUCAGUUGGGUGCGUAUGUUCUUGCGCAAAGCAAAAAUUCCAGUCACCGUCAGAGAGCUCGCAACUCCCGUGCUCCCUCAUAAUUUGUUCUGGAAGCUGGUGAUCAUCGGAUCCUACUCUGCUGCCUCUCUGCUACACUUCCUAGACUAUUACCAGGAGCCACCAGCACACUUGCCCCACAUAUGGAUCAUCGCCAACAUGGUUUUAUCCUUUGGAUGCUUCAGUCUGUUCUGGCUCUGGACAAACUACAAAAUAGUGCAAAAGGCUACUCAAAAACUCAAAGCCAACUAA